CGCCUCCUCCGCUCCGCGCAUGCGCCUCCCCGCUGCGACUGUGCGCGUGCCCUCAGAGCGAGAGAGGCGCUCGUUUCCUCUGAGGGGCACCAACAUGGCGGAACGGGGGGCGUCCGGCGGCGGCGGCGGCUGCCAACGGGCCUCGUCGUCGUCCUCCUCGUCGGCGCCUUCUCUGCUCCCGCCGCAGCCGCCUCAGCCAAGCUCGUCGGCCUCUUCCUCCUCGCCGUCGCCGUCCCCUCAGGUGGCGUCUCCCGCAGCGGUGGCCGGGCAGCCUCCCCCGCCGCCUUCCUCCUCCUCCUCCGCCGCCGCCGCCUCGUCGGCCUCUCAGCCCGCGCUCCUGGGACCCGCGGCGGCAGCGGGGGGGCGCCCCGUCCAAAUGAACCUCUACGCCACUUGGGAGGUGGACCGCAGCUCGCCCAGCUGUGUGCCCAGAUUGUUCAGUUUGACUUUGAAAAAGCUCAUCAUGCUGAAGGAGCUGGACAAAGAUUUAAAUUCGGUGGUGAUUGCUGUGAAACUACAGGGGUCAAAGAGAAUCCUGAGGUCCAAUGAGAUUGUCUUGCCGGUCAGUGGACUUGUGGAAACAGAGCUGCAGCUGACCUUCUCAUUGCAGUAUCCUCACUUCCUGAAACGCGAUGCAAACAAGCUGCAGAUCAUGUUGCAGCGAAGGAAGCGAUAUAAAAACAGGACCAUCCUGGGCUACAAAACGUUGGCUGUUGGUCUUAUCAACAUGGCUGAGGUUAUGCAACAUCCAAGUGAGGGAGCCCUGGUGUUGGGACUCCACAGCAACGUGAAAGAUGUCUCUGUCCCUGUUGCGGAAAUCAAAAUCUAUUCCCUGUCCAGUCAACCAAUAGAUCACGAGGGACUCAAAUCUAAAUUAUCUGAUCGUUCUCCGGAUAUUGACAACUAUUCGGAAGAAGAGGAAGAGAGUUUCUCCUCUGAACAGGAAGGAAGCGAUGAUCCCCUGCAUGGGCAGGAUUUGUUUUAUGAAGAAGAAGACCUUAGAAAGGUGAAAAAGACUAGGAGGAAACUGACUUCAGCUUCUGCAGUUACUCGGCAGCCAAAUAUUAAGCAGAAAUUUGUGGCUUUGCUGAAGAGAUUCAAGGUCUCAGAUGAGGUUGGCUUUGGACUGGAGCAUGUUUCUAGGGAGCAGAUCCGGGAGGUAGAGGAGGAUCUGGAUGAGCUGUAUGACAGCUUAGAGAUGUAUAACCCCAGUGACAGCGGCCCCGAGAUGGAAGAUACAGAGAGCAUUCUCAGCACACCAAAGCCAAAACUCAAGCCUUUCUUUGAGGGAAUGUCGCAGUCUAGUUCCCAGACUGAAAUUGGAAGCCUUAACAGCAAAGGAAGCCUUGGCAAAGAUGCCACCAGCCCAAUGGAAGUGUCCAUUGGGGACAAAAUGAAAUCCAACAGGAAUAAAAAUGCAGAUGACAGUAUCAAUGAAACGGAGACAUUGGAUGGCAAUGAGCAGGACACAUUUGGAGACUCAACAACUACGUUAAUCAUCCCAGAAAAAGUCAAGACCCCCAUGAAGACUAGCAUCAAGGGUGAGCUUCAGAACAUGGCGUCACCUAGCAAAAUGGACAGUGCCACACACACGCCCCGACAGAAGCGCAGCACCCCUCUCAAGGAGCGACAGCUUUCAAAACCCCUCAGUGAAAGGACCAACAGUUCAGACAGCGAAAGGUCGCCAGACUUGGGUCACAGCACACAGAUUCCUCGGAAGAUUGUUUACGAUCAGCUGAAUCAAAUCCUAGUGUCGGAUGCAGCGCUUCCAGAAAACAUCAUCCUUGUGAAUGCUAUUGACUGGCAGGGUCAGUAUGUUGCCGAUCUCCUUCAAGACCAGAAGAAGCCCGUGGUUUGUACAUCUUCCAUCAUUGAAGUGCAAGCCGUUCUCUCGGCGAUCCUCAUAAGGAUCCAACGAUACUGCAACUGCAAUUCCUCCAUGCCUCGUCCCGUGAAGGUGGUGUCUGUGGGCGGUCAGAGUUAUCUCAGUUCCAUUUUGAGAUUUUUUGUCAAGCAACUGGCAAACAAGACGUCGGACUGGCUGAACUACAUGAGGUUCCUUAUCGUUCCACUAGGUUCUCACCCAGUAGCCAAGUACAUUGGUAUUGUGGAUAGCAGAUACAGUGGAAUGUUUCUGGAUACCGCCUGGAGAGAACUUUUCAGCAAGUCUGAGCCACCUGCAACUGAUUCCUUGGAUGUGGUUGGCCGGAUCAUGCAGUACAUAAACGGAGCAAAUGUGACACAUCAGUUGCCUGUGGCUGAGGCCAUGCUGACAUGCAAACACAAAUUCCAAGAUGAAGAUUCUUACCAGAAGUUCAUCCCUUUCAUUGGGGUCGUUAAAGUGGGCCUCAUUGAAGACUCUCCUGCAGCUACAGGUGAGGGAGACGACUCCCCGCUCAUCAGCCUCACAGUUCCCUCUACGUCUCCUCCUUCUACCUCUGGCCUCGCCAGGGACAUCACUGCCACUCCUCCAUCAUCUCCUUCUAUGACUAGUGGAUUAGCUAUCAUGGGGUCUCCCAAUAGUCCUUACGGAGAUGUCAUUGGCCUGCAAGUGGACUACUGGCUAGCCCAGUCCUCAGAGAAGAAGAAGGAAGGGGAGAAAAAGGACGCCAGUUCCAAAAACACACUCAAGAGUGUCUUCCGCUCUGUGCAAGUGUCACGGCUUCCAAACAGCGGGGAAACUCAGCUGUCUGGGACCAUGGCCAUGACUGUUGUCACCAAAGAGAAGAAUAAGAAAGUUCCCACAAUUUUUCUGAGCAAGAAACCCAAAGAGAGAGAGGUCGAUUCCAAGAGCCAAAUGAUUGACGGAAUCAGCCGGUUGAUCUGCUCUGCGAAACAACAGCAAACUAUGCUGAAAGUUUCCAUCGAUGGAGUGGAAUGGAGCGACAUUAAGUUUUUCCAGCUCGCCGCACAGUGGCCAACCCAUGUGAAACACUUCCCUGUUGGACUCUUCGGUUCAAAGCCAGCCUGAUGUGGGCCAUGCCUCUUUCCUGCAUCCUCAUUGCUCUGUGAUGUGUCAUCAACCGUGUCCAAAUUGUCGGCCAAAUCGGAGCUCUCCUGUGAUAAUGUCGCCCAUUAUUGUGUCUUGCUCUGGCCUCACUAGGGAGGGACCAGCUUCGGAUGCCAAGAGAGACGCUACAUUUUUUUGUCUCCAGCCAAGGAGCACCCACGGAGACCCCUUUUUCUGUAUUUUGCUGCCACAUUUGUGUCGUGGGCACCUGGCGUCCCCUCUAAGUGUCCUGCCUCUUGAGAAUGCAUCUCAAAAGAUUUCAGUUCUGCUCACCUUUCGUUAUACUUUUGCACACUCCUUACUUGAGCUGCCCUGGCACGCCUGUGUCUUCCGGAAGAAUGUGUUUUGAGGAUUGCCUUCAACAACAUCGUUCCUUUUCUUGCAUCCUUGAACCAGACGAGAGCGUUGACCUCUCAAGAGUUCUUCUCGGCCUUGGCCUUCUCAAAAGCACAAAGCCUGCGUCGGCUCCACUUUGCUAGCCAUUAACAGUUGAGACCCUUUCUCUUCUUCUCCAGCCCCUCUUUGUUUCACAAUCACAAGGGCAAACAUGUCAAAUUGUUGGAAGGAGCCUGAUCCAACAUGUGAGCUUGCCUGGAUGAAGAUCGGAAGGUUCAUUUUGGAGUGAAUUAGAAGCUGGUGCUGUCUUUGGUAGUUCCACCCACUCUCCUGGCUUAACCAUGUGCAUUCAAUGUUCUGUAAUGGUACUAAUAUUUCUUAUGGGGUUUUUUUUUAAGGAAACACAUUCUUCCCAACUAAAGAAGGGACAUAAUUAACUAAUAUAUAGGCUACAUUCCAAGUAAGGCCCAGCUUGCUAAGGUGGUAUUACAGUACGAUGCACAAGGAGAUCAGGAGAGGCAGUUUGCCCAGCCAUCUCUUCUUCUGCCGGCUUAUCCUGUUCACUUUUUGGGAUCACAGCAGCAUGCCUGCCCGCCUACUCGCCUGCCUGCCUUUUAAACAUUUCACUUUCCAAAAGGCUUUGUCACAAGGCCUUUAGGAAUAUAUAUGUGCCAAUCAGAAGUCACAGACGUUGGUAGAUGCUCCAUUUUGAAAACACGUGUUGGGACGAGUGAGAGCCUUUGUAAUGAGAUUUCCCUGUUGACGGGAGUUAGUUGAUAUUACUCUGCCGAUUCAAAAUGGCAGUUUCCAGCUCUAAUAGGGCAGGAAGUUGAGAUUGGACAAUAUACGUUUCUCUAGAGGAGGCCUAUGUUACAAUGGUCAUUAUUUUUUCAAAAGAGAUAUCCCUUCAAACACCUUCUAAAAUAUAUUGUCGAAGGCUUUCAUGGCCUGAAUCGCUGGGUUGUUGUAGGUUUUUUCGGGCUAUAUGGCCAUGUUCUAGAGCAGUAGUUCUCAAUCUGGGGUCCCCAGAUGUUUUGGC